ACCACAUCAGCUCGUCAGCUGCGCAGAGGAUCCUGCACGGUGUCCGGGCUCUGCUGGGGAUGCAGCGGCGGGCAGCACGAGCUCUGAUCUCCGGUCCCUGAUCUGCUGCAGCCCUGGGCAGGGACAGCAAGCAGGAGGGCUGCUGGGCCGCAGCUGUCACCGAGCACCGGCGGAGAGCUGAGGGGGCCUGACCCUGAGCGGAUCAUCUGAUAUCCAGACUAUCUGAGAGAAUCUUUGGCUGCUCAUCAUGGACUCUUGUACUCAAAGCCAGUGUUACCAGAUGAAACCCAAAUUAUCUGUGAAAAAAGAAUGUGUCAGCGAGGGGCUGCUGAAUUCUGUGAAGUCAUUACUACAGAGCAGGAAAGAGCUCUGCGCCAUCACAGAGGGCUUGAAGAGUAACAAUGCGGGGGAUUUUAUUGAGGUUACUUUCCUUGGACUAUUCGGGGAAUCGGGAACAGGAAAUAUUCAGAGUGCAGCAUCUUUUCACUUGGACAUUCCAGAACUGAUUAGGUCGCUUCAUCCGUGCAACCUAAAUGAAAAUGAAGUCCUUCUGUUAAAAGAUGGAAAGGAAGAGACUAAAUCCAAUACACCAGAGGGUCAUUUUUCAGGAACAGUGUGUUUAAUGAGUACAUCAUCAUCUCCCUUCUGUACAAGUGAUGCCUUGUUUGUAAUGUUGAGCAAAUAUACAGCUGGUGUAAAAUACGCAGUGGAGCAAGAAUGCUUAAGCAGAUUGAAUACGAAGGCAGAGCACCAUGAAGACGAUGAUACAAAUCACUCUGUCUCUUCAAUUGAGGAUGAUUUUGUAACUGCGUUUGAGCAUUUGGAUGAAGAGGAGCUUACAAAUAUAGGUGACAGCCAAGGACUUGGAUGGGAAACUCUGAAAAACCAACGUGAUGCUUCUUCCCAAACUCAGCCUACUCAUUGCUUAGAUAUCAGUGGAUCAAAAAUCCUAUUCAGCUCAGUACGCCGUCGAUCGUCUAUCAAAUCUGCAGUUCUAAUGGGUUACUUAGGACUUGCAGAAAUGUCAUCUUCUGUUAAAAAUACAGUUACAACAUCAAUGUAUAAUACCUGGACACAGAGAACUGUUUCUGCCCAUGAGAAAAUAUUUUCUCAGUCUCCUGUGGAAACCUCCGAAUCUGAGUGCUCAAGUCCAAGUCCUAUAAUUUUCUUAGAUGAAGAGGGUUACCAGAAAAGCUUAAAAGCAAAGCUUAACCUGCCAAAGAUUCCUGUUGGCAAAGAUGGCAUUGAGGACUCUGACUCUGAAUUAAGUGAAUUCUUCGAUAGUUUUGAUAGAUUUGAUGAACCAGAAUCAUCAUUAGAAGCCCUCUCUCAAAAUAACCAUAUAGCUGUUCUAGCAAGCCCAUCCAAAAAAAGAAAGUGUGCCAAAGAAAACAUUAGUACCGUUUGCAUGAAUCCACAAAAGUUUAAAAUUGAUUGUCCGACACUUUCAGCCAGUGUGAAGAAGCCUACUCCUCGUAAAGCAGAAUCUCCCUUUAGUAGCAUGAGUGAUUUACAAGACUCCCCUCGUCCAAAAAAGACGUGUUCUGACGACAGUGGUACAUUGUUUAGUCCUAUUCGAUCAUCUGCUUUUAGUCCUCCUGGAGUUCCCUCUGCAACAGAGUGUACAGCUCAUUUAGUUGGUCGUGGUGAUAUUCCUCCAUCUAAGGACAACUCUUAUGACCGGUUAAGUGAAUACGCAAACCGGGUGUGCAGUGACAUGUUUGACACGAUUUUAAAUGCCAAACCGCCCUCCAACAUUGUAAAGAAAGAGAAAACUCCAAAACUAAAACGUAAAUCUCAUGGCAAAGAGUCGGAACGGAAGUCUAAGUCAAAACACAAAUCCCUUAAGGGAGGAAUUCAGAAAUUUGCUGCAGACCUGGUAGAAAGGAGUUUAGGCAAUGCAUUUAAAGACUUGCAGAGAGGUGUUUCAUCUUGCACCAGUGCACUGUGUCACCUAGCUGCAAGGCUAACUUCAUAUGUUUUCCAAAUGGCGUUCUAUGAAAUUGGAAGGAGGCAGGCAUUCUCAAUUAAGAAACGUGCCAUUAAUAGCCUGGCAAACCUCAUGGUGAGUGAAGUCAUUACUAGUGCUCUACAAGAGCUCAGAUAUAUAAAGAAGCAGAUGGUUACCAAUGCAGUAACCCGUUUUGCUGCAGAUCUUGCUGAGGAGCUUGUUUUUGAAGGAAUUAUGGAAGUGUGUCAGUUUUCUCACCCACCUACUCCAAGUGCUUCUUACUGCCAAUCAUUUGAUUAUGAAGAUGUAGUUGUUAGUUCUUAUGCUAAAGACUUAUCAGAAUCAGUCAUUCAAGAAGCUUUUAUUGAGCUUUCUCAGAUGAAUGUGGGUUUUACACCAGAAGCUGCUAUAAGUGUUUCAAUGGAUAACCUCAAAUACGUAAGCUCUGAAGGUAUGAUGCAGGGAAGUCAAUCAUCGCCCAUAUUCCCUGCUCCUACAACUCAAGAAAUUUCUCCAGUAGAACAGAAGUCUAAGAAAGACUACACUGUGCAGUAUGCUUUGUUCUUUACAUCUGGUCUUGUGAGCUCUGUUCCUGUGCCUAUAGCUGCUAAAGUUUUGAGCCAACAACCAAUAUCAAAUGAUCAAAUGGAUAUUUCAGCAAGCAAAAAUUGGUGUGCUGACAAUGUAAACAAUUAUCACAUUUCUACAAACAGCAUUGCUGAUAUGUCAUCUGAUAAACAGAUUAUACUUGGUAAUGGCCAGCAAGAUGGAGUCAAUACCUACUCAGUGACAAUGGUGGAUAUGAUUGUAAAUGAAGCAUAUGAUGUUAUAAAGGUGGCCAAAACUGUGGAUGAUUAUGCUGAAAUAAUGACCAGAAACAUAACUGGCAUGCCUUUCCAGGACUCUUCACAAAAUCGUGUUGAAGAUUUAGGCAAGGUUAUUUUAAAAAAUUCUGUAGGCAAGAGCACACAAAUGUCUUCUAACAAAUUAGAAGAAAUUAAAUCCAGCAAUCUGCUUGAUUACAAUAAAAAUCUGACUGAAAUGAUUUAUUACUCUACAAAAUCUCCAGAGCAGCAAAAAAGAAUUUUUAGAUGUCCUCAAGCAGUGGGCCAUGCCACUUUAAACCCGUACUUUACUGUUAAGCAGUUGGAGAACAGUUACAAAUGUGACCCUACAGAGAAACAUCCCUUAAGCACUUGUCCAGGAACAUCAAAUGCUUCAAAUAAUAAAUUGGAUACAACUUCUGGAAGAAAUGUUCAUAGUACUGGUGGGUCUGAUCCCUCACUGUUUGGUCUUCACAGUUGUCUUCCUCAUAUUAACAGUUUUUCCUCAGUAAUGUGUAGUUGUGGUGAUGACUUUGUUGAAGAAAAGAAUAAUCAAAAAGACUCUGUGUCUACACUGCCUGGUACACCACCUCCAACACCGUUGACAACUUAUGACAUAAGUCCAGAAAGGAGUAUGAGAAAGCUUAAUAAGAGACUGAAAGGACAACUGGCAAAAGAGUUCUAUCCGGCCACCCCACCUUCUACUCCUCAUUUGUCUGUACAUGAACAUGACAAUGGGAAAAAAGAUGAUUUUAUGCUUAGGCUCAUGAGAUCACUUUCUGAAGAAGUUGAAAGCUCUAGCAGUGAUGAUAGUUCUGAAGAGCUUGAGGUAUCAGAAGAAACCUUCAGAUAUGCAGACUACUUAUCCAGCAACAUCAUAUCUAUUGCCACUGACAUGGCUUCUUACUCAUUAGAUGAUGACUCUUCACAGGGAGCAACAUCAAAGAACCUGUCACAGUUAAGUGUACUGAGUGAUAAAUGGGGUUAUCCUGCCUACAUGAGAAAUAUUACAGAGGAGCUGUUAGAGACUUUGUGCAACUAUGCAAACAGUGUUGCUGGUGAAGUCAUCAGUGAUGCAAAGGAAACCAUAGGAAGCCGAAAGAACUCUUUAUGUGAUGUAGAGUAUUGUAGUUCUCAAACAUCUGGCAAAGAUUGUCGACCGAAAGAGAGUUCCUUGAAGUAUGUAGGUAUGAAUUUUAAAGCAUAUGAUCCUACCACUCUUUCUCUGCCUAGUAACUGUGGUUUAGGUUUGACAUCGAAGUACCCCAGCUGUGAAAGUGUGACUGAAGAAUAUGCAGAUCAUCUUAUCAGAGUGCUAAAGAUGGAAGGAGGGAAUAGUGAGUUAAUUUUAGAUCAAUAUGCAAGCAGGUUAGUUUAUAGAGCUAUGAAGUCUGGCCUCCAGCAGGCCUCAAAAACUAUUAAAGUUCAGUGUAACAGGAAGAUUGUGUCUAGAGUUAAAUCUGAGGCCAAUACUAGCAAAGAAAUUCUUCGAUUGUUGAAUAGGACCCACCAUUCAGAGAAAGACAAACGUAGACAAAGUAAUGUUACCCUUCAUUCAUUUACUGAGGACUCUGUACAGAAACCUGAAUUUGCUGGACUACUUCAUUUUGCAGAGUCCCUUGCACAGACUAUAACUUGUGAUGUAAGGAGAAAGCUCAAAAUGUCUGCUGCAUCUCUUCCAAAAUCACUGACAGAUUCUUGUCUUUACUCUAAAUCAAAAAAUGAUUAUGUCACCAGUGAUCUUGUCAAAUCCUCAUUUCCCAAGUCACUCCUUUCCUCACCAUAUAAGCAGAAACUGUACCACAGCACCAGCAGUUUAAAUGAUCAUGGUCUUAAUGAUGGGAUUCUAAAAGCUAUUGAGCAGUAUGCUUGCAAAGUUGUUGACCGAACCUUGGAGGUUAGCAUGGAAGCAGCCAGGCUGCAGGCUGUGGAGAGUAAGAAGAAAACUGGGAAAGUUACUCAAGCUGGAAAACUAAUCCAUUCUUAUGGAACUGCAUGCAGGCUAUGUAGUGCAAUAGAGCAGCAUGGCAGCUCUGUAUCGCCUUGUCACUUCUUGCUGGGACAUGAUAGCUCAAGAAAAGGUAAACUGUGCUGUAAGUCCAGACUAAAUUCUUGUCAAAAAUCAAGAAUCUUUCAGCUUAACAUCCCUAAAAUUCACAUUGACCUUGAUAAAAGAUCAUUGAUUGCUGAUAAAAUAGUAAGUGCCGCGCUAGAAAAAGCAGAACGUGAGCUGAGUAGCGGAUGUCCGGGAGCUGAUAGCGGCAUCGGACACAAUGGCAUGAGCUUUGCUGAAAGUCUUACUGCAGAAAUCAUGAUGUCUGCUAUGAAGAAUGUCGGGCACGUCAAUAUAAGUUCUAUUGGCAAAGAUGGCUCCCAAUCAGUGGACUCGGUUACCAGUCAACAUACAAGUGUCAGUGUGGGUGAUGACAGUACAGGCAGCUGGUCAAAUCUGAGCUUCGAAGAUGAACACCAAGAUGAAUGCAGCAGUUUUCUUCAUCUUAGUGAUAGUAAUGGUAACAGCAGUAGCUGGAGCAGUCUGGGAUUGGAGGGAGACAUGGGUGAAGAGAAUUUAUCCUUCCCACCAUCAGACAGUGAUGGCACAGAAGAAAAAGAUGAAGACCCCAAAGUAACUGCGGAAGUUGUAAAUGAAAAAUGCAAGAUUCUAUACAUCAGAAAUGUGGACAUGGGACCAAGCAUGGUGGAGGCGCAGCUGAGGACCAUGUUACAGUGGAUCGCUGCCUCAGACUCUGGCGUUUCUGAGGUCCACUUUCUCCAUGCCAAACAAGACCUGUUGCCUCUUUUCAGACAUAUUAGAGAAAGGGGCUGGAGAAUUGGUGACCUCCUACAAGCUGUUCUACAGUACUGUGAAAACUCGGAUAUGUCUACAGAUAUACCCAGUGCUUUGUAUGGCUGGCUUUUGGAAUAUUGUUAACAUGCACUUUAUUACUGAAGAGACAGAUGUAAAUUUAUCUGCAAAUGGUUAUUUUAACAAACGUCUUUCUUUUUCUGUUCACUUGCUAUACUGUAGCUUUGCAUUGUGGAAUAUGUGUGUACAAACCUCUCCAUAUAUAAAUGAAGCAUAUCUAUGUGAUCGGUAUCUAAAUCUUCUGAGUACCAGUAGUGUUCUUGGCAUAAAGUGAAGAGACGUUUAUAUAGCACUUGUUGUAUCGGCUGCAGGACGCUAUUUUUUAUGUCACAUAUCUGUAUCUGAUAAUUGCUUCUAGGGUAUUUUUUUGUAACAUAAGUGAAGUUAGAAUACUACUUUAUCAUUUAGAGCAGUUUUCCUCAACUCCAGUCCUGAGUUCCCACCUGCCGGUCAUGAUUUGAGAAUAUCUCACAGAAUGAAUAACUGUGGCAAGUCCCGAUGCAUUGACAAUAAUAUAUCUGCCCAGUAGUAAGGAAGUCCUGAAAACAUGACCUGCUGGGUGAUGGAAUGUCUGGAGUUAAGAAACACUGAUUUAGAGGAUUUGUACACACAGCACACAAAUAUUGUGAGACACAUGUGAUUGUAUAAUGUAUCAUUUCUCAGCACUUGUAUAAUGAGUUCACUCCACAAAUUUGUGGCCCGAGAAAAAAUAUGGACAUGGCACACAGCAAAAUAGAAAAUAAUUGUCUUAGCUAGAUUUAGAAGUGUAAAGUACUGUAGACACAUGGCCUUCAAGAUCAACCCAAUACUCUUGUUGGUGCCUAAAUGAAUGAGGCAAAGAAGGGUGAUAGUGGAUUCAAGUCUAACCCCUUCACUACCAGCACUGUACAUGUACGGCGCUGGAGCGAUGGGCAGACAUGGCGCCUGCUCGACUGUGCAGCGGGCGUCGUAUAUUGCGAUACUAAAGUAAGAAAAACUGAAUGAGAUCACUGCUCAUAAUUAAAACACUGGUUCUCUGUAGAAAGAAAAGGCAGAUGACAUUUCUUUUAACUUCUGGGUAAUGCUGACUUGACAUUUGUUUUGUACACUGGCCACUCACAGUAGACACUUUUCAGACUGGGUUUACACAGGGGCCCAGAUUUACUAAUGUAUCUGCACCAAAAAAUCUGUCUAAAAAAAAAGUGGUGCAGAUUGGCACAAUUUUAUGCAUCUCUGGUUUCUAGACUUUUCCCAACAUGCUCAAUAAGGGGGUUUGGCUUAGUGGAAAGUAGGCGUGGCUUCACUGAAGGGGGCAGUCUAUUAGUGGUUCGGAGACAGCAAGUAGCUUUGUAUUCAAUCUUUAUUUUACCAGUGGUAUAAUCUCAUAACAUUUAUUGCUUAUAGCAACUUUUCGGACCCAGUUCGGUGCCCUUUGUCAAGCUGUGAGGCCGGUCAUGAUAUUUCCACGGAGUGCGGAAGGGGGCAGGCCUAAGAUGUGCAAUUUUGCACCAAAAUUUCAGCGUAUUUCUGGCUUAAAAAUCUGUGUUAAAGUAAGCCCUCCAAUAGUUGGUAUACAGAGAAGUGUCUAUCCCUGAACCAGAUUUAUCGUCCAGCCUGAGCCAUUGUGAUAAAUCUGGUGGAGGUCUAGCAGGUCAAUACGUACGCCCUCUUUCCGAUUAGUAAAUCUAAGCUACAGUGUUUUUUAUGGCGAUUUUGUGUUUUUGAGCCAUUUGAAAACGCAUCAGAAAAACUACCACUACCGCCAUCUUCAUAGAAAAUUGUCGCUGAUAAGACCGUGGGGUCUUAGUAACUAAUUAGAUCAUGAUUUAUUCAGUCGGUAUUCAUUGUUAAUGGCCAGUGCGUAACCCGUAAAACCGUACAUCUACUGUGUUAACAACGAGCACCAAAAUCAAUAACUUGUUUAGUUAAUGAUUCUGCAGCCGCAUCUCAACAGCAGCACAGCCGUACCAUGUGACUGUACCCUAAGGGCUCUUUCACUCUAGGGAUGUGAUGCGUGUUGUGAACUCAUAGCAUUUGAACUGACUCCUGACGCAGUCAUUUCAGUGCGUCUGUGCAGCUUUUCACGUAUCAUCUUUGUGUUCAGGAAAAAUCGCAGCAUGUUCUAUAUUGUGCGUUUUUCACGCAGCUCCGGCUUCAUAAUAGUGAAUGGGGCUUGUGUGAAAAACGUAAGGCAUCUGAAUGCAAUGAGUUUCUCACUGAUGGAUGCUAGGAGAGGCAGCGUGUUAUUCUUCCGUUUUUCUUCACGCAUCCGCGUGGAGAAAGCUGAAACACUCAGCACAACCGCAGAAAAAACUGACUGAACUUGCGUGCAAAACCAAUCGCGCUCUCCGCCUCAUCAUUGGUUCUGGUUGCUUCUCUCUCUCCCCUCUUGCAUCUCUGCCUAUUCAGACUGACUGAGCUGUAUAAACACUAGCUGUUCACUAGGAAAUCAGUGCAUGGAGAGAUGAUUUCUGCUGCACUGUAGAAAGCGCAGAAUGAUUGACAGAUUAUCAGGUAAAUGCCACACAUGGAAAUAAGCCUCUGGAAGUGUGCUUUACCGCUGUAUCUAUUUUAAGUGAGUAGAGUACAUUUUAACCUGUUGCAGAAAAUAAUAAUCAAAAAAGUUCCAAUAUAUUUCUUUGGGUAAACCUUCCAUUUUUAGGAGCCUUACAUCAUUUGCUGUCUCUUUAGACAUUGCUCUGUGCAGUAUGUUGUUACAUAUUUUGCGUGUACCUUUGCACAAAAUGUACAUAUUAAUUAAUAUUAAUAAAGCUAUUGUUGUAAUGUU